UAUAUUCUCGUUCCCCAAAGCUUUUACAUCUUUGAAGACGUUCCGUGUUUUCGGCAAUUUUUUCAUAUAAAUUAUUUGCAUUUUUACACUUCGUAUUAUAGUUAUUUAAGAAAUUGAUGUUUGAAAAAAGUUCAAGGUGUUUUCUGGAUUGGCUUAGUAAAGUGUCUUAUGAUAGCCAAUUUGUAUGAAAUUUCUUCAAACUUCACAUUGCUGAUAAUAUUAAUUUUAGAAAAGAUUAAAUAAACUUAACUGAUACAAAAAUGUCACAUCAUAGCGAUGAUCAACUUCUACAGGCAGGGAGCGAUUCCUUUUGGGAACCUGGAAACUAUAAAAGAACAACAAAACGAAUUGAAGAUGGAUACAAAUUAUGUCAAGAUCUGACACAACUCAUUCAAGAAAGAGCUGAAAUUGAAAAAGCUUAUGCUAAAAGUUUACGUACGUGGUCCAAAAAGUGGGGUGAACUUAUAGAAAAAGGACCUGAAUAUGGAACAACAGAGGCUGCCUGGAAAGGAGUUUUAACGGAAUCGGAACGUCUAUCUGAUGUGCACUUAAAAAUUAAAGAAAAUCUAUGCACCGAUGUGACAACCCAAAUUAAAACAUGGCAGAAGGAUAACUACCAUAAAACACUUAUGCAAAUAAAAGAACGAAAAGAUAUGGAAGAUUUGUUUAAAAAAGCGCAAAAGCCUUGGGCGAAACUUCUAGCUAAGGUUGAAAAGGCAAAAUCUGAUUAUCACUCGGCCUGCAAAACAGAAAAAUCCGCAUCGAACCAAGAGAGAAAUGCUACUGCCGACAGUUCACUUUCCCAAGACCAAGUUAAAAAAAUGCACGACCGUGUUCAAAAAACAAAGGACGAGGUUCAAAAAUGCCGUGAAAAAUACGAACAAGCAAUUGCGGAAAUAAGUAAAUAUAAUUCAGUUUAUAUGGAAGAUAUGGGUUCAGUAUUCGAAAAGUGCCAACUGAUAGAGAGAACAAGAUUGACGUUUUUCAAAGAAGUUCUUUUCUCUAUUCAUGGAUGUCUUGAUAUAACCAAAAUUCCCUGUCUUCCACAAAUAUACGAAGAGUUCUUUCAUACAAUUAGUAACGCUGAUCACCAGAAGGAUCUCAAAUGGUGGUCAAAUAACCAUGGUGUCAAUAUGGCAAUGAACUGGCCGACGUUCGUUGAAUAUACAGAGGAGUUCCGAGAUAUUGCUAAAGGAAAUAAAUCAAAGGAAGCCCUCCCAGCAGCUCCAAUAACACUUAUAAACCAGCGUCCUGUUGCUGAAGACUUGCAUGAAUACCCACCUCCUUCGGCUAAAAACAGUCUGAAAAGAUCUUCUGGCAACUCAAAUAGUAAAACCAUGUCUAAAUCUAUGUCAAGCAGUACAAACUCCAACAAUUGUGACAUGUCUCCAAAAUCGGAAACCAACACUCGUGGUCCAUCACCAACAAACCGGAAUUCAACUUCUAACAAUGGAAAGGAAGCGAACCCAUUUGAAGAAGAAGAGUGGGAUGAGGGUGAUGCCGAUAAUGUUCUUGUUGAUAAUGGUGAACCAGGGGUUCCAGUAAAAGCAUUAUAUGAUUACGAAGGAGCUGAAAGCGACGAGCUAACUUUUAAACAAGGCGAUGUUUUUGAAAAACUAGAAGACGAAGAUGAGCAAGGAUGGUGUAAAGGGCGAAAAAAUGGAAAAGUUGGAUUAUACCCUGCAAACUACGUUGAAGCAGUGCAAGCGUAAAUGGCUUCAACUAGAGCAACAUAGAAAAUGUCUAGUAUAGACUCUGUUAAUCAAACAUUUGAUUAAUUAAAAAAAAAUAAAUGUUUAAUAAAAAGUGCAUAUUUAACGUUGUUAUUCCAAAUACAAUUGAUAGAUAUUAACGUCGUACGAGUACGUAGAGAAUAUUAAUUUUAAAUAGAUUAUCUGAUAAUAAACUUAUAUAUUAUACACAAGCGAAUGAA